GGACCGAGGGGCAGCCUUUACAAGUCUACGAAUGAUGCAAGGGUACCUUCCUCUCCAAGCGUUGUCAACGUAGAGAACGCGCUAGCCGGAGCAGGGACGCUUUCGCACACAAACAUUAUUCUCCGAGAAGGCAGGGUGUUCCGUCUCCCAAUGUACUACGUCAUAGUCGUCACGUGGAUUCUGUUCAACUACUGCUUCGACGUUUUCAUUGGCACCAUCGACGACUACGCCACGGACAAACAGAUGGGCUUCCUAAGGACGAUAUCCAUCCUGCCCAUAGUAUCCACGACAGACAUUUUCGGUGGCGUCUGUCUCCCAGCCCUGGUCGACAAAGGGUUCCUCAGUCGAAGCGCUCUUCUCAGUACUGCUUACAUCGGCCUCGGAGUCACCACGGCUCUUUUGCCUGUGAUGACAGCCUUCCUCCCGUUUGUUGGCAUUUGCCUCUUGCUGACCAUGUUCAUGGGCUGUGGCAAUGCCAUGUACGGCGUGCUGCAGGCCGACUAUAUUCGUCAAGAUCGACUGCCAGUUUCGUACGGUACUGCGGGAUUUGUCGCGGGAAUUCUCCUCAUCGCCAAGCCGUUCGUCAUAGGUUACUUUCGGGACUACCAGAAAUCAUACGACGGCCUGUUCCAGAUGAUGUCUGUGAUAUUGUUUCUACUGGGAUUCUCCUGGCUCGUAGUGGUCGCACAUGAGUGGCACGUGAGCGACUCUUGGAGAAGAAAGAAGCGAAGACAGGCCGUGGUCAGAAUACUUCAGAACUUCUGACUCCCACCGUCAAGAAACUUUCACACUGUGCUUUUCUUUUGUGUACGAUGUAGGGCCAUCGUUUUCUCAAAUUGUAGCCUCGUUGGCGGGUUGCAGCUCACAAUCAUAAUUUUCAUCACCCAUCGUGACGCAGGCCAGUUGGCCUAAUUGCUGGUGCUGAAGAGUGUUACAUUUUUUCAUGCCUCUGAUGUGACACAAUUUGGGAAGCAGAAGGUGAGGGAAAUAUUUUUCGUGACGCUAGGCUACAGCGAUAGAAUAUAUAUAAAACCUAUAUUUUCAUUUAUGCCUGCGUCGUUGGCAAGAAAACAAAAAAAACAGUGAGACCGAACGGCCCCAAUUUGACAAUCAUUGUGAAAGCGUGCAUGGCUUCGGGAGGAAAGAUAACGCAACCAAGGAAGAGAAGCAGAGAGGUUAACAAAGGACUUUCUCCAUUCGCUCCUGUAUACACAUGUGGAACGAAAGAGAGUACCAUAUAAUAUACAUAAAAAAAAAGAAACUGUACGAAAAUUUACGAGCGGUUAAUGGCUUUGCGCGGGAUGCACGCUAACCACUACCAAAGGUUCAUGAAGUCCAGGAGACAUUAAGAAACGUGAUAGCGCCUGGGGCUGUUUUGUAUAUAAGAUUGCGUAGGCCAUGGUUUCCUGAUUGGCUCCUCCGGUCUUGGCGUUUCAUUCAAGCGGCAGCGUUUAGCUUUGAGGAAUAGACCCUGACACUGAGGAGGAAUUUUCUUUUCGUGCUUCAUCAUCAUGACAUUUAUAUGCCGAACUCUCAAACAGGGUAUCCAAUUGCACUGAAAGCAUAGGUGCUAUUAAACCAGGGGCGUAAGCAGAAUUUU